AUGGGUCUCGUCAAGGUCAUUAAAAACAAGGCCUACUUCAAGCGCUACCAGGUUAAGCUGAGGCGUAGACGUGAGGGAAAGACUGACUACUACGCCAGAAAGCGACUCACUGUCCAGGACAAGAACAAGUACAACACACCAAAGUACCGUUUGAUCGUCCGUCUUACCAACAAGGACGUCGUCGCUCAGCUCGCCUAUUCCAAGAUUGAAGGAGACGUUGUCGUCGCUUCGGCUUAUUCUCAUGAGCUCCCACGUUACGGACUCAAGGCUGGACUCACCAACUACGCCGCUGCCUACGCUACCGGACUUCUUCUUGCCCGCCGUCACUUGAAGGCUAUUGGACUCGACUCCACCUACAAGGGACACGAGGAGCUCACCGGAGAGGACUACAACGUCGAGGAGGAAGGAGACCGCGCUCCAUUCAAGGCUGUUCUUGAUAUCGGACUUGCUCGCACCACUACCGGAUCCAAGAUCUUCGCCGUCAUGAAGGGAGUUGCUGAUGGAGGUAUCAACGUUCCUCACUCCGAGAACAGAUUCUUUGGAUUCGACCAAGAAGCCAAGGAAUACAAUGCUGAGGCUCACCGUGACCGUAUCCUCGGUAAGCACGUCGCCGACUACAUGAGCCUCUUGAAGGAGGAGGAUGAGGACCGUUACAAGCGUCAAUUCUCCAAGUUCCUCACCAACGGAAUGAACGCUGAGAAUCUUGUCUCGACCUACCAAAAGGCCCACGCUAGCAUCCGUGCCGAUCCAUCUCCAGCUGCCAAGAAGGCCGCCAAGCCAGGAAAGAGACACACCGCCAAGAGAUUGACCUAUGAUGAGAGAAAGCAGCGCGUCGCCGACAAGAAGGCUCUUCUUCUUCAACUCAAGGAACAACAAGAGAUGACGGAACUUCCAAAAGUUCUCGACGAAGCGCCUGGCUCAUCUAAGGAGCCUUCUUUCUUUUCAAAUCUUUAUGAGAAUCUAAAUCAGAACCCGUAUUUCAAUGCGGGAGCAGGGUUGGCUGGAAUCGGAAUAGCAAUGAGCUUCUUGAGAAGAACCGCUCAAAUCAGUAACACAUAUUUCCGUAGGCGUUUCAUGAUCACACUUCAAGUUAAUAACGAAGACGCCGCCUACCCUUGGCUUCUGGACUUUAUAAACAAACGAAGUGCAACGCAGACUCGGAAUUUAUCAGCCAACACUGUUGUUCACCAGGCUGAAAGUGGAAAGACAGAGCUGUCCAUAUCUUUCUUGCCAGGUCAUGGCACCCAUUUUUUCGUGCAUGACUAUCGAUGGAUUAAAGUGGAAAGACAGCGAGAGAAGCAAGUAAUUCAACGAGACGGUGUUCGUACACCAUUUGAAACGGUCACUCUAACAACGCUGGGCUCUGAUGUUAAAUUUUUCAAGCGAAUGCUGGAACAUUCCGCCAAAGAAGCUAUCGAUAAUGCUGAAACCGGAUUAGUGAUAUAUCAAGCCGUCGGCCCACAAUGGGUCCGUUUCGGUGUGCCACGCAAGAAGAGAGACAUUGAAUCGGUAGUUCUGGAUGGAAAAAUUUGCGAACAGUUGCUGCAAGAUUUUCAAGAAUUUAUUGGUUCAGCCGAGUGGUAUGCUGAUCGUGGAGUGCCGUAUCGACGUGGAUAUCUAUUUUAUGGACCUCCCGGAACCGGAAAAAGCAGUUUUAUUUCAGCGUUGGCUAGUCAUUUCGGUUAUAGUGUGUGUCUGUUGUCACUGAGUGAGCGGACGCUGGAUGAUGAUAGAUUGAAUCAUCUCCUGAACACCGCGCCACCAAAUAGUGUGGUCAUUCUGGAAGAUAUCGAUGCUGCAUUCGUCAGUCGAGAGGAUCCAAUGUCGAAUCAUCCAGCCUAUCAAGGUCUCUCAAGAGUCACAUUUUCGGGUCUGCUGAAUGCAUUGGAUGGUGUUGCGUGUGCGGAGGAGCGAAUUACCUUCAUGACGACGAAUUAUGUAGAGAGAUUAGACCCUGCACUGAUUCGACCGGGAAGAGUGGAUAGAAAGCAGUAUUUUGGAAAUGCCACAGAUGGAAUGUUGAGAAAGAUGUUCGCUCGCUUCUACCGCCAACCUUCCGAUUCGGAACUCGCUGAGCAAUUCGUGCAACUGGUAUCCGAGCACAAGAAGGAACUGUCGCCGGCAUCAAUUCAAGGACACUUUUUGAUGCAUAAACAAGAUCCACGUGGCGCAUUGGAUAAUAUUAAAAAUAUGUUUAGAUCUGUUUAG